CAGCCAACACUGCCACACCAGAAGGCGCAGCAACACAGCAGUGCCGCCACCGACCACCGCCCCCUCCCCCUCCCCCUCCGCCAUUCCCCUCUCCGGGCGCCGCUCAGCGACGGCCAGCUCCCGCCGCCUCCCCGACUCCCCCUCGCCCUCGCCCGCCGCCUGCUUUCUCCUUCGCGCGAUCUGGUAACCGGUGCCGUUCGAUUAAGCAUUGGUGUUGGGAAGUUCAGAAGCACAUUUCGUCAUCGCCGUAACCAUAAGCUAGACUUCUCGACAAUCAUAUAUCCUUGAACCCUCAACGAAAGGAUUCGUCUGUUCUGGAAUGGACGCUUUGCACGGCCAAACCUCGUGUGGAUCAUUGCUACAAAAACUGCAGUUAGUAUGGGAUGAAGUUGGUGAGAGCGAUGAGGACCGCGACAAGGUUCUGUUUCAGCUGGAUCAGGAAUGCUUGGAUGUGUACAAGAGGAAAGUUGAUCAGGCACUCAAGUCGAGGGACCUUCUUCUCCAAGCACUGGACUACUCAAAGAUGGAGUUAGCCAGGCUCGCUUCUGCCCUUGGAGAGAAAUCCAUAGCAACAAGUCCUGAGAAAACAGCACGAACAAUCAAGCAACAGCUUGCUGCUUUAGCUCCAACACUUGAACAACUGGGCAAGCAGAAAAAGGAGAGAAUAAAUAAAUUUGCUGAUAUAAUGUCAAGAAUCGAGCAAAUAAGGGGUGAGAUUGCUGGCAAUCUCGAGAUAGGCCAGCAGGUAGCAAUACCACAAAUCAAUGAGGAUGACUUGACAGAUGAGAAACUUCGGGACUUCCAGUCUCAGCUCCAAGAGCUCGAGAAAAAGAAGAGGGAGAGGCUGAAGAAGGUACUUGAGCAUGUGAGUACAGUACAAGAUCUCUGUUCUGUAUUGAAGAUGGAACAUUUUAGCAUAAUAACUGAAGUUCAUGAGAGUCUAGACGACUCUGUUGGUAAAGACCACAAGAGCAUUAGCAAUGAUACCCUGUCAAAACUUGAUAGGACAAUAGCUACUCUUAAUGAGGACAAAACAUUGAGGCUAAAGAAGCUUCAAGAGCUUGCCACUCAGCUAAAUGAUCUCUGGGAUCUCAUGGACACACCAACGGAAGAAAGAAGCUUGUUUGAUCACGUUACCUGUAACAGAACAGCGAGUGCUGAGGAAGUCACCGCACCUGGGGCACUUGCUCUAGACAUAAUUAAUCAAGCUGAGGUCGAGGUUCAAAGAUUGGAUGAGCUCAAAUACAGCAAGAUGAAAGAAAUAGCUUUUAAGAAGCAAACCACACUGGAAGACAUUUAUGCGAGUGCUCACAUCGUAAUAGACACAGCAGCUGCCCAUGAUAAAAUAUUUGCGCUGAUCGAAUCAGGGAGCAUGGAACCUACAGAAUUGAUUGCUGAUAUGGAUAGUCAGAUAUUGAAAGCAAAGGAAGAAGCUCUAAGCAGGAAAGAAAUUUUAGAUAAAGUUGAGAGAUGGAUAUCUGCAUGCGAGGAAGAAAGCUGGCUUGAAGAUUAUAACCGAGAUGAUAACAGAUAUAAUUCAGGCCGAGGUGCCCACCUGAAUCUCAAACGCGCUGAAAAGGCUCGUAUUCAAGUUAACAAAAUUCCAGGCCUUGUUGAAACUCUGGUGGCCAAGACAACGGCUUGGGAAGAGAAUCACGGUCUAUCCUUCACAUAUGAUGGUGUUCCUCUUCUAGCUAUGUUGGAUGAGUAUGUGAUGCUUAGGCAAGAGAAGGAAGAAGAGAAGAGAAAAAUGCGGGAACAAAAGCGCUACACUGAGCAGUUACUGAACAUCGACCGUGAAGGGCCGUUCGGGACACGUGUCAGUCCCUAUAGAGUGGCCAGUGCAAAGAAGGUACCUAGUCCAAAGCCCAACGGCAGCGUGGCCAACGGGUCCCCUGGUAGAAGGCUCUCGAUGAGCACUCAGCAGAACGAGAGCAAGAGUUCCCGGUCUGCUGGUAAGAAAGCUGCUGCUGUGGCGGCACAGCCGAAAACACCAGCUUCCCCGAAUGAAGCUGCAACAGUGAAAGAAGACGACACGCCCAUUCAGCACACGGACGCUGAUCCAGUCCCUUGUUCACCAUGAACUGUUGCGUCUUUCUCGUUCGAUUGCUCUGUACUAUUUUUGUAGUGAUUUCUUGGUAGGUUCAGAACUGGAGUUUGGUUAUCUGAUGUCGAAUCUUGUAAUCGGUUAGUGGUGGUAUCCUAACGUCUGAGUAGUUGUACUAGAUGUCUAGCUUUAAUCCAUUCCUUGAAAGUAAAAGAGGCUCUUGCAGGUUUGCGUCGUUUUUACUUAUCUGGGUGUACAAUUUUGUGGUUGGUAAAUUGAGGCUUUUCUUUACUGAACUUGUGUCUGUUUGUUUAGCAUCAACUCGCUGCAUUUGGCAGCUAAAUAAAACUCGCUGCAUUUGGAGCU